AUGACAGACAGCAGCAGUCUAAGUGGAAAAAGUUUAGUUGUGACCUGCACUUUUCGUAGGUGUGCUCUGGUAACAGGAGGAGGCAGAGAAAUCGGCUUUGAGAUAUGCAGAAAGCUUGCUGAAAAUGAAAUUAGAGUGAUAUUAACAGCAAGAAAUGAGAAAAACGGAAUAGAAGCUGUCAAAAAACUAAAACUUGCUGGCUUGUCAGAUGUUAAUUUUCAUCAACUAGAUGUUAAAGAUUCAGCAAGUAUUGAAGCAGUGGCAAACUAUGUAAAAAGCAAUUUCGGAAAACUUGACAUUCUGGUGAAUAAUGCAGCAGCUCCUGGACUAGUUAUUGUGAAGCCUCAAGAACUCAGGUCCUUCAAAGAUGGAGCAGGAUUUUUCCAGGUGAUCGAUGAGAAUGCACAGUUAUUAGAAGAACUUUUUGUGGAGGACUACGAAUUGGCAGAAGAUUGUCUUAGAACAAACUACUAUGGAACAAAAGCGGUGACUACAGAGAUGCUGCCGCUGCUUCAACUCUCCAAUUCAGCAAGAAUAGUAAAUUUAUCAUCGUUUUAUGGUGAACUAAACGUAAGUGGCUAAUUUGACAUAUAACAUUAAUGCU